UUCUCAUGCAACAUCACCCUUAUGAUGCAUGGUACCGUACCCCAGGGCCAUGCCAAGCUGUAGGUGGAGCACUUCAACCAAGCAUAAACAACCCCGCCUGUGGUGAGCGGGGGCAACCGACACAGAAUGCAUCAAAAAAACUCAAAAUUCCAAGCUUUCACUCGGAUGUUGUUCGAUCUCGCUGGGAUUCGAACCCAGAGCCUUUACCAGCUGGUAUAACCGGAAAGUAAUGCGCUAGCCAUUGCGCCACGAAACCGGGAAUUUGAUUAGUUGUUGGCAGGAGACUCGGGAUCAAGCCAGCAUCUCACCUCGACGCCGACCUCACCGCUGACCAACCCACCACCACAAACAACACCACAACACCACAACACAACGACACACCACACCACCCACAACCCACCCACAACAAUGCCCCUCCCCGACUUCACCUCCCCCACCACCUUCCCCCUCUUCACCUCCCUCCCCCUCACCACCACCCCCUCAUCCUCCUCAUCAGAAGAGUACUACCUCCUCGCCCAAAUCCACCAAAACAUGACCCUCACCAAGCCCACCCUAAUCUGCACCGACGCCACCAACACCUCCUUCGCGAUCGUCUUCGGCUCGCGCCCGGCCUCCGGCCCCGACACCCUCGACUUCGCCCGGCUGGGCUACCGCCGCGGCGCGACGCUGGUUCUGCCGGGGGUGAGGCGCACGCCGCCCAAGGAGGGGGACGGGAGUAAGGGGUUUGUGAGUAUCGCAAGGGAGGAGGAGGGGCGGGUGAGGGUGGUGCCGUCUUCGGCGGGAGGGGGGAAGGCGGAGGGGGAGGGGAGUGGGGGGACGAAGGGGGUGGAGAGGGUUGUGAGGGUGGGGGGGUGGUUGAGGGGGAGGGAUGCGGGUGGGGAUGGGGACGGGGAAAGGGGGUGUGAGAGUUGCGGUGGGGAGGCGAGGAAGGAUGGGGCUGGGGGGGAGAAGGCGGCGUUGAUGAAGUGUACUGGUUGUGGGGAGGUCGAGUACUGUUGCAAGGAGUGCCAGGCCAAGGGGUGGAAUGAGGGUGGGCACAAGGCGGACUGCAAGGUCAUCAAGGCUAUCCGCGCCAUCUGGUCAUGACGGCAGCUGCGAUAAAAGGCACCGACUCCGACCUCAACGUCCGCGGCAGCACACGGAACAUCCACAAACGAAGAAAAUCCGUCCAGGUCAUGGAGGCCAUCCCAUGGAGUAAGGGUGGAUUGGCAAUAGAUUAACUACAAGAAACGUCAAAAACCAAAACAACCAAAAGGAUAUCCACACGCCAUAAUAACGCCAG